UCAUCAUUUGGGCUCCUCCUCUAAUUGAAGCCGGCCUCGAUAUAAACGGGCUGGAAAGAUCCCCCGUCGCUCCACAGGCGCUCCGAAGCCUUCGAACGCAGCAAUUCCUUUGCUCUCGGCUUUGCCGGCCUGAACGUACGACCGAUGAAGAGCUUCGUGCUGUCGUUGGCGCUGCUGUGCUUUUGGCGGCUCCAGGAGGGCGUAAAUGGAUACGGACCCGUCUGCAGCUGCCCCCCGAGGCAUCCCCAGCAGCAGUUUUGUCGAUCAGAUGUCGUCCUCAGGGCAAAGGUUGUUGGAGUGACGUUUGGCAGAGCCGUGAAGUAUGGAAUCCACCAGACAAGGGUGUUCAAGGGACCUAAAAGAAUAUUUGAUGUCAUCCACACUCCACCCAAAUUUUCUGCCUGUGGAGCCCAUCUGAAAGUCGGCGUCGAGUACCUUUUCAUGGCCAAACUGCGGCGCGACGGCUCUUUGCGCAUCAACUUUUGCCACUACUUCCAACCGUGGAGGACGUUGUCCCCCAUUCAAAGGAGACUGUUGAAUCACUACCCGAAGGGCUGCGGUUGCAAGAUCAGACUGUGCAAAUACUUCCCGUGCAUCCCCAAAAGGCACGACGUGUGCUUGUGGUCCGACAAGCUGAAAUGGGGCCCGCACCAGCCCAAUCAGGCCCAAAACUUUGCCUGCGUCAAGAGGAGACGCACCGGCGAUUGUUUCUGGAAGAAGCCGCAGGUCCGGCCAGGCCGCCACCCGUCUUAAAUGUUAAACAAUUUGCUUUCUUGCCGGUGACAUUUAAGCACUUUGGGACUUCCGAGGAACUUCUGUCGACUUUUGCUGCUUUUCUGCUGUAACUCGCACGCGCAAAAACCAACCUUAGACAAACUCGCAAACUCAUUACCGUUGAAGAUUGAAUAUUUCAGAAUGCCAUAUUUGUCUUUUACUUUUCCUGUUUUUCUAAGUCAAAUCAAGAA